AUGACAGACAGCAACAAGAUGAUUAUCAACUUGGCACUCUUUGGCAGGACUCAGAGUGGGAAAAGUUCUGCUGGGAACAUUCUACUGGGAAGUACUGACUUCCACAGCCGAUUUGCUCCAUGUUCUGUAACCACAGAUUGCAGCUUGGGCCGCAGUUGUCACCUCCACAGCUUCAUGCGUCGAGAGGGGCAAGAGAUAACCCUGCAGGUCCAGGUGUUGGACACUCCAGGUUAUCCACACAGCAAGCUGAGCAUGAGUCACGUGAAACAAGAAGUCAAGAAGGCACUGGCGCAUCACUUUGGGCAAGAGGGUCUCCACCUUGCACUGCUGAUCCUUAGAGCAGACAUGCCUUUCUAUGGACAAGAAGAAUCUUACCCAAUCCAAUUGAUCCAGGAACUUCUGGGAGAUACUUGGAAGAAUUACACUGCUAUUCUUUUCACUCAUGCAGAAAAAAUAGAAGAUGCUGGUUUCAGUGAAAAUGAAUAUUUACAUGACGCCUCUGAUACGCUCUUAACCCUAUUAAGUUCUAUUAAGCAGAGAUAUGUUUUCCUGUAUAAAAAAGAAAACUUAUUUAAUGAACAAAGAAGGAAAAUCUUAGAAAGAAUUGUGGAAUUUAUAAAAGAAAACCAUUAUCAAGGUCUUACCUUUAAAUAA